AUGGAAAAGUACAUCUCAAUACGCGACAUUAAACAUGGCAUGAAAAAUAUCGUCUUGAUUUGUAUUGUAUUGGAUGUAGGAAAACCUACAAAAACUAAAGAAGGUCAUGAGGUACGAACAUGCCGAGUGGCUGAUAAAUCUGGAUCGAUAAAUAUCUCCGUUUGGGAUGAAUGGGGACAGCUAAUCCAAGGUGGAGACAUCAUCAAAAUUUGCCGAGGAUAUACGGCGUACUGGAAAGGUUUUCUAACUAUUUAUACUGGUCGAGGAGGAUAUAUUGAAAGAAUGGGAGAUUUCUGCAUGGUAUAUUCUGAAAAUCCUAAUAUUAGUGAGACGAUUACUGAAAAUCCUCAACAGCAAAAGUUACCCAGUAAUGCUGAUCAGCAACACAGCCAGUCAUCUGCUCCGCAACAAGCCAGAACAAAUAGCAAUACUUCUUCGAAUGCUGCAGCUGCAAAAACGUCACAGCCUGCUAAUUCUACAACUGUUACACCGCAACACCGUCCUACACGAUCUCAGAUACGUGGAUCUCAGGCACCACCGACUAGUAGUGCACCACCCCAUCAGGCUUACCCUGUGAUUUCUAAUGGUCAAAAUAAUACUACCAACGUUACCACAGUUAACAGGCCUAGACCGAGAAUGACAUUUUCUAACAUACCUAGAUGAUGACAUCUAUAUGUUAUAUACUCGUAGGAGGCAUCAAAAUCUGAAACAAUAACU